CAGUGAGCUGCAGGUGUCUUCAAUAAGUACAAUGAGUGCAGAACCCUCUGUUUAAGAGCAGUCUCUCCUCUCUGAUGGCCAGUUGCUGUAGCUGAGUUGUUAACAAGAGGUAAACAUGCUCCUGGGAGUCAGUUUAAGGGUGUCAUGGAUCUGCUUGUUUUUUUGCCUUGGGAAAAGUUUUCCUACAGACCAUGGCAAUAACCCAAUGUCAUUGAGCUUUGGAUCUUCAGCAGUUCCAGACCCUGAGUCUGCUGCCUCCUCUGCUGGAAAUGAGUCAACCUCCAGCAUUAAAGCUGCUGAAGAGUCUUCUGAUUCCAUUGCUACCAGUGCCCCUGAUCAUCUUUCACCAAGGGCCUUUUAUGUUGGCCCCCACUUUCACUUAGGGGAGAAGUCAGCUGGCUUCUCAAAGCCACAACUGAUUUCAAGUCCUGGAGGCUUUCAUUCAUCAUCCAAUCCCUGGUUUGGACCUCCUUUAUUCCAAAAAGCUGUAUAUACUAGUACUGACUCUGAUGUGUACACUUAUGGAGAUGACUCUAUGAGAUUUCCUUAUUACAGUAAUGAUGGUGUCCUUGCAGCAGCUCUGCCCUAUGGAUACAGUUAUGGUACUGCCAGGUCUCCUUAUUACAGUUAUUCGUAUGGUACAGGGGGGUCACCUCAAGCAUAUGAUCGCAGAAUACCUACAGCUCCUCCAUAUGGGGUGGGCCCUCCACCUGCUUAUGGAUACUUCUCCCAGCAGCCUUCAAUAUUGGAUCCUGAACUACUUCUCAUUGGGAACAUCUUCAUGAGAGUUCGUGAAAUGCCACUUGCUCGGCCCUGGAUGACUAGUGAAGUGCCAGUGGGCCUGACUGAGAAGCCUCUGUACCCUUCAUCUCUUAUGCAGUCAUACAGAGGCUAUCACCAAGCAAGUGACCUCUUGUCUAACAGCCAGUAUGCUAAUGAUGAUUUGGAGCCUGUUCCUGAAACACUGGAGACACAACAGUUUGUUCCAGAAACUGGGGUUUAGUGGGCACACUCUCUUCUUUGGUAAGGGUAGACCUUUCAUCAUCUUUUAGGAGCUUUUACAUGUGGGGAAGUUCUGAAUAAAAUUGGAAAAUGUAAAA